GGCGCCUCAAAGGGCGUCGGCGAGGGGCGCGGGUGCGCUGGAAGCUGGGGCAGGGCGCCGGGACGGGAUGCUGUGAAGACUAACCCGCGGCGGCGAUGAGUGCCUCUGCGGCCACCGGAGUCUUUGUGCUGUCCCUCUCGGCCAUCCCGGUCACCUACUUCUUCAAUCAUCUGGCGGCUCAGUGCGAUUCCUGGACAAUUGUAGGGGUUGCUGCCCUCAUCCUGCUUCUGGUAGCCCUGCUGGCUCGUGUUCUCGUCAAAAGAAAAGCGCCCCGGGACCCUCUGUUCUAUGUGUAUGCCGUCUUUGGAUUUACCAGUGUGGUGAACCUCAUCGUGGGCCUGGAACAAGAUGGAAUCAUUGACAGCUUCAUGAUGCACUACUUGAGAGAGGCAGAGCCGUAUCUGAACACUGCAUACGGGCACAUGAUCUGCUACUGGGAUGGGUCAGCUCACUACCUGAUGUACCUGGUGAUGGUGGCUGCCAUAGCGUGGGAGGAGAGUUACAGAACCAUUGGUCUGUAUUGGGUUGGAUCAAUUAUUAUGAGCAUCAUUGUUUUUCUGCCUGGAAAUAUCGUGGGGAAGUAUGGAACACAGAUUUGUCCUGCUUUUUUAUUAAGCAUACCAUAUACUUGUCUUCCUGUCUGGGCUGGCUUCAGAAUCUACCAUCAGCCACCUGAAAAUUAUAAUUAUCCUUCAAAGGUUGUCCAAGAAGCUCAAGCCAAGGACUUGCUGAGAAGACCGUUUGAUUUCAUGUUGGUCGUGUGCCUCGUCCUGGCAGCUGGAUUUUGUUUGUUUAGAGGCUUGAUUGCUUUGGAUUGCCCCGCUGAGCUUUGCCGAUUAUAUACGCAACUUCAAGAACCCUACCUAAAGGAUCCUGCUGCAUAUCCUAAAAUUCAGAUGCUGGUCUAUAUGUUCUAUUCUCUCCCUUAUUUUGUGAUCGCACUUUAUGGCUUAGUGGUUCCUGGAUGUUCUUGGAUGCCUGACGUAACCCUGAUACAUGCUGGAGGUCUAGCUCAGGCUCAGUUUUCCCACAUUGGUGCUUCUCUUCAUGCUAGAACUGCUUAUGUCUACCGAGUCCCUGAAGAAGCGAAACUUGCUUUUUUAAUAUUAAACAUAGCCUAUGGAAUUCUUCCUCAGCUUUUGGCCUAUCGUUGUAUCUACAAACCCGAGUUCUUCAUAAAAACAAAGGCCGAUGAAAAAGUUGAAUGA